AUGCCGCCCAUAGAUCUUAUGAGCGGGUGUGUUUUGAUUGCUGGAGACCUCGUCAGCCACGCGCAGCCGCAAAACCCGGAGACAGAGGCAGAAGCAGCAUCUGUUGUUGCUGCAGUGAGACACGAACUAGAUGAAGAAAUUCGUCGGAGGGUCGACUUGAGGGGGCUGCGUCGGGUAUUUACCAUCGACCCUCCUUCAGCUCGCGACUUAGAUGAUGCGGUGCACAUACACCGCAUUACUCACAAAGCCAACUGUCCCCUUGCUGCAGCAGCAGCAGGAGCAGCAGGAGCAGCAGGAGCAGCAGGAGCAGCAGCAGCAGAAUACGAAGUUGGAAUUCAUAUCGCAGAUGUCUCGAAGUUCAUUCAACCAAACUCACGCGUCGAUAAAGAAGCACAAAAUAGAUGCGCUACACUUCUGCAUCCUGGGGGCCCUAAGCUGACGUUUUCGGUUAUUGCUCGCGUUUUUGAAGACGGCACAAUCAACAAACGCUUUAAACCCUUAUUUUUUAAAUCUGUUAUUGAAUCCUGCUGCCGCUUUUCUUACGACGAGGUGCAAGAGAUUAUAGACGACAGGGGACUUCCUGAGGACAAGAGACCGCCAGUAGCAGCAGAAGUUAAAGGGACAGCAACUUGGGGCAAUGCGCUGCUGCGCUGCAGCUGCUGCACCGGCAAGACUAACCGCAGCAAGCAGCAGCAGCAGCAGAUGCUGCAGCAGCAGCAGCAAAUGCAAGGAGACUGGCAGCACCAUGACGCAUCAGACCCAUGGGGAGACAAAAUAGAAGAUGCAGCAGCAGCAACAGAAGCAGCAACACCAGCAGCAGAAGCAGCAGCAGCAACACCAGCAGCAGAAGCAGCAGCAGCAACAGAAGCACAUCCAGCAGCACCAUCCGAAGACUUGCAGCAGCCUGACACAAACACAGAUCAGCAGCAGCAGCAGCAGCAGUUCGGGGAGUGCUGCUGCUGCUGCGAGCUGCUUUCUAUGGGGGACGCUGCUGCUGCAGUGCCGCAGCACAGCAGCAAAACGACGUGGAGCGACUUAGUAGAAGACCUUAAACUUCUUGAUAAACUCACAGUUAACAUGAGAAGCAAAAGAAACAAACACACGCGAUCCCACGAGCUGAUAGAAGAGCUGAUGCUUCUUGCAAACAGACUUGUCGCUGCAUAUAUCAGCAAAAGCAGAUUCCAGGGUGAGCAGCAGCAGCAGCAGGUGCAGCAGCAGCAGCACGUGCAGCAGCAGCAGCACGUGCAGCAGCAGCAGCACGUGCAGCAGCAGCAGCAAGAGAGAAGAGUUUGUGCAGAUUCCGCGGUGAUGCGGUACCACCCUGCAUUUAAGAAGGAGCCGCGUUUUACUUUAUUUUUAAACAGUCUUCAGUAA